AUGCUAAACGGUGUUUGUCUAGAUAGCGAUUGGAAAGAUAACUUUCGGAUGUCGCGUUGUAACUUCGAAAAACUCUGUGAUGAUCUUCGACCUCUGCUUGAAAGACACACAACAAGAAUGAGGAAACCAUUGUCAGUAGAAACUCAAGUUGCAGUGACCCUUUACUACCUGGCAGACGAGGGGAGAUACAGAAAAAUUGCUAAUGCUUUUGGCCUAUCUAGAUCGAGCAUAUCAAUCGCUGUCAGAAAGGUUUGUGCAUCAAUUACAGAGUAUCUUGGCCCAAGAUACAUAAAACUUCCUGCUAAUGAACAUGAAGUACAGGACCUGGUCAGUAAAUUUUAUCAAUUCCAUGGUUUUCCACAAUGCAUUGUGGCUGUCGAUGGUACGCAUGUAGCUAUCAAAGAACCGACCGAAAAUGCCAGUGAUUUCAUUAACAGAAAGGGGUAUACCUCUAUAAAUGUACAAGCUGCCUGUGAUUACAACUACAGAUUCAUCGAUGUGGUAGUAAAAUGGCCUGGCAGCGUGCAUGAUGCAAGGAUCUUCAAAAAUUCAACAUUGAUUGCAAAGCUUAGAGAUGGAACAAUUCCUUCUUGUCCUAAAGUUAUUGUCGAAGGAGAAACUGCUGUGCCCAUUAGUAUUUUAGGUAAUCCAGCUUACCCGUUGAUGCCUUAUGUUUUGAAGGAAUAUGCCAAUGGAGGCACCACACCAACAGUAUUUUGGCUAUAA